GCAGGAGGGAACGAGGCGAGAGGGCGACGGGCGAGGUGGGAGCACCUGGAGGAAGUGAGCUGUGUCACGCGGCCACGAGGAGAAGCGAUACAGCGGCCGCCACUGCGCAUCCUCCUCACAAGCGGCCUCCCCCCAUGCUGCCUGCUUGCCAUCUGCUCCUGCCCAUCUCCCGCCUGCUUCACUGGGCCCCACGCGGCACAGCCUCUCCACCACAUACCACUGCUCGCCUGCCCUAA